UAUUUUCCGUGCAACAGAAGCCGGACAGAGCUUCUGCUUCUCCUCCACCGUCCCACUUUCUUCUCUCACUGGUUCGCAGUGUCCAAUUAGUAGCCGCGAGACUGUAAAGAAGCGAGAACGGAGCAGACACACCCAGCAGCAGAUCACCCCACAGCGACGAGCUAGCGAGGAGUCGCGAACUCGGGCCCCGACUGUAUCCAUCGUCUCAUUCCAGCUUGCGAACUCUGCGGAUUGGCGGUUGGUAAGUUUGGUCUCUGUAAAGAUGGCGAAUCUACAGAUGACCGGCAUACUGGAAAAGAUGACGGGCAAGGACAAGGAUUAUAGAUACAUGGCGACAUCUGAUUUGUUGAACGAGUUGAAUAAAGAGUGCUUCAAAGCCGACGCUGAUCUAGAGAUAAAGUUAUCUAAUAUCGUUCUCCAACAGCUUGAUGAUGCAGCUGGCGAUGUUUCAGGAUUGGCUGUGAAAUGUCUUGCUCCUUUGGUCAAGAAGGUUAGCGAGGUGCGUGUUGUGGAUAUGACAGAUAAACUUUGUGAUAAGUUACUAAAUGGGAAGGAUCAGCAUCGUGAUGUUGCCAGCAUUGCUUUGAAGACUAUUAUCUCGGAGAUUUCUUCAUUGUCUCUUGCACAAUCAGUGCUUGUUAUUCUCACUCCACAAUUGGUAAAAGGAAUAACUGGUCCGGGUAUGAGCACAGAGAUAAAGUGUGAAUGCCUUGACAUUUUAUGUGAUGUGCUUCACAAAUUUGGUAAUUUGAUAGCAAAUGACCAUGGACUUCUCUUGAGCGCCCUGUUAUCCCAGUUGAUUUCUCCUCAAGCUAGUGUGAGGAAAAAGACUGUUUCAUGCAUAGCAUCUCUUGCCUCAAGCCUCUCGGACGAUCUGUUAGCGAAGGCAACUGUUGAGGUCAUACAGCAUCUGAGAAAUAAGGUCAUGAAGUCUGAAAUGAUCCGAACAAAUAUUCAAAUGAUUGGUGCUCUGAGCCGUGCUGUUGGCUACCGAUUUGGACCACAUCUUGGAGAAACUGUUCCAGUGCUAAUCAGUUAUUGCACCAAUGCCUCGGAGAAUGAUGAAGAGCUCCGUGAAUACAGCCUGCAGGCACUAGAAAGCUUUCUGUUGAGGUGCCCCCGAGAUAUUUGUUCAUACUGUGAUAAAAUCCUCAGUCUUACAUUGGAGUAUCUUAGCUAUGACCCAAAUUUUACGGAUACCAUGGAGGAAGAUACUGACGAGGAAAAUUUUGAGGAAGAGGAAGAUGAUGAUAGCGCAAACGAGUAUACAGAUGAUGAGGAUGCUAGCUGGAAAGUUAGAAGAGCUGCAGCUAAAUGCUUGGCAGCAUUAAUUGUUUCUCGCCCUGAAAUGCUUUCAAAGCUUUAUAUAGAGGCUUGUCCUAAGUUGAUUGAUAGGUUUAAGGAAAGGGAAGAAAAUGUUAAAAUGGAUGUAUUUAAUUCCUUCAUUGAGUUACUUAGACAAACUGGCAAUGUGACAAAAGGGCAGAUGGAUGUUGAUGAAUCGAGUCCAAGAUGGUUGUUGAAACAAGAAGUAGCAAAAAUUGUCAGAUCUAUUAACAGACAGCUGCGGGAGAAAUCAAUCAAAACUAAGGUUGGUGCUUUUGCUGUCUUGAAAGAACUUGUGGUUGUAUUGCCAGAUUGUCUUGCUGACCACAUUGGAUCACUUAUUCCUGGAAUUGAAAAGGCACUAAGUGACAAGUCAUCUACAUCAAAUUUGAAAACUGAGGCUUUGAUCUUUACAAGAUUAGUGUUGACUUCACAUUCACCUUCUGUUUUCCAUCCUUACAUUAAGGCUCUUUCCUCCCCUGUUUUAUCUGCUGUUGGUGAGAGAUACUACAAAGUCACAGCAGAAGCAUUACGAGUUUGUGGGGAGCUUGUUCGUGUUGUCCGCCCAAAUAUUGAGAUGCAUGGUUUCGACUUCAAGCCAUAUGUUCAUCCUAUCUAUGAUGCCAUUAUGUCACGCUUGACAAAUCAAGAUCAAGAUCAGGAAGUGAAGGAGUGUGCCAUAUCUUGUAUGGGACUUGUUGUAUCGACAUUUGGUGAUAAUCUUGGACAUCAAUUACCUGCCUGCCUUCCUGUACUGGUCGAUCGGAUGGGAAACGAGAUCACACGUCUUACGGCUGUGAAGGCUUUUGCUGUAAUAGCGGCUUCUCCUCUCUGUAUUGAUCUAUCGUGUGUCUUGGAGCAUGUCAUUUCAGAGCUGACUGCAUUUUUGCGGAAGGCCAAUCGAGCUUUAAGGCAGGCCACGCUUGGUACAUUGAAUUCCUUGAUUGUUGCUUAUGGUGAUGAAAUUAGUUCCUCUGCGUACGAAACUAUUAUUGUGGAGCUGUCAUCCUUGAUAAGUGAUUCAGACUUGCAUAUGACAGCUCUUGCCUUGGAACUGUGCUGCACUUUAAUGGCUGACAAAAGGUCGAGCCAGAAUAUUGGCAUGGCUGUUGCUGACAAAGUUCUUCCUCAAGCAUUAACAUUAAUCAAAAGCUCACUGUUGCAGGGGCAAGCCCUUCUGGCAUUGCAAAACUUUUUUGCUGCAUUGGUGUAUUCUGCUAAUACCAGCUUUGAUUCUUUACUCGAAUCUCUACUCGCCAGUGCUAAACCAUCUCCACAGUCAGGUGGCAUUGCAAAGCAAGCAUUGUACUCUAUAGCACAAUGUGUGGCUGUUCUCUGCCUCGCUGCUGGUGAUCAGAAAUGUUCAGCUACUGUGACAAUGCUCACACAAAUUCUUAAAGAUGAUAACAGCACCAAUUCAGCUAAGCAGCACCUUGCAUUGCUCUGUUUGGGUGAGAUUGGUAGAAGGAAGGAUUUGGGUGCACACAUGCAGAUCGAGAGUAUUGUUAUAGAGUCCUUCCAGUCUCCUUUUGAAGAAAUAAAAUCUGCUGCUUCAUAUGCCCUUGGAAAUAUUGCUGUUGGGAAUCUCCCAAAGUAUUUACCAUUUAUUUUGGAUCAGAUUGACAAUCAACAGAAGAAACAGUAUCUGCUUCUUCAUUCUUUAAAGGAGGUGAUCGUUAGACAGUCUGUUGAUAAAGACGAGUUUGAUGAUACAAGUGUUGAUAAAAUACUUAAAUUGCUGUUCAACCACUGUGAAAGUGAAGAGGAGGGAGUUCGGAAUGUGGUUGCCGAAUGUCUGGGUAAACUUGCUCUAAUUGAACCAACAAAGCUUGUCCCUGCCCUGAAGGUGCGUGCAAGUAGUGCAGCUGGGUUUACAAGAGCUACUGUUGUCACUGCUGUAAAAUAUUCUAUGGUAGAGAGACCAGAGAAGAUAGAUGAGAUUAUUUAUCCAGAGAUCUCAACAUUUCUGAUGCUUAUUAAGGAUCGGGACAGGCAUGUUAGACGUGCUGCUGUUUUGGCCUUAAGUACAGCUGCUCAUAAUAAGCCUAACCUUGUCAAGGGUUUACUGCCAGAACUUUUGCCACUUCUCUAUGAUCAGACAGUUGUUAAGCAAGAAUUGAUUAGGACAGUUGAUCUUGGUCCUUUCAAGCAUGUUGUCGAUGAUGGCCUUGAGUUGCGAAAAGCAGCUUUUGAGUGUGUGGAUACAUUGUUGGACAACUGCCUUGAUCAAGUCAAUCCCUCAUCCUUUAUUGUUCCAUACCUCAGAUCUGGUUUGGAAGAUCACUAUGAUGUCAAGAUGCCUUGUCAUCUUAUCCUCUCAAAGCUUGCAGAUAAGUGUCCUGCUGCUGUCUUGGCAGUGUUAGACUCCUUAGUGGAUCCUCUUCAGAAGACCAUCAAUUUUAAGCCAAAGCAGGAUGCUGUCAAGCAAGAAGUAGAUCGUAAUGAGGACAUGAUUCGGAGUGCUCUUCGAGCAAUUGCAUCCUUAAAUCGGAUAAGUGGAGGAGAUUGCAGUAUCAAGUUCAAGAAUCUCAUGAGCGAAAUGUCAAAAUCCCCAGCGUUGUGGGAAAUGUACCAAUCAAUUCGUAAUGAGUGAUGAAUGUGUCAAACCCUUGCUGUUGGGGUGUUGGUUUUGAUGGCCUGCCAGAGGAAGAACAAUCUGCCUUUAUCUAUGAAGUAUGAAUUUCCAGCAAUCAAAUGAAAGGAUUGAAAAUCUCCCUAGCCCCUUUCUCCUGAAGACAUGCGUAUAGGCAAGGACAUAUCAAAACACUGAGGGACCACAACAUGUCCGGCUGGUUGGGAGCUUUGUCCAUUUCCCUUCGACUUUCUUUGAGAUUGGCUUCUUCUAAAUGUAUAGUGGACCGUUGGAUUGGGCUACCAAAAUCAGGACUGUGAUUAUAUAUGAGAAUUUUCCUUUUCCGGCCUGCAGUAGCUUGUAUUACUGCCUUAUGGGUAAAUUUUUUUGCACAUUGAGCUUGGUCCCGAUGCACAGCUUAUGUUGGCUACAAAAUGACUUGUACUGGUUGGCAUGUUACGUCACAAUGUAAUCUGAAUAUAGUGAAAUUUCUUCCGU